AUGGCGCGAGGCGGUGCGUGGACGGCGUCGGCGGCGGUGCUGGUGCUGUGGUGGAUGUCGGCGGGAGCAGGGGCGGUGUGGCUGGAGAUCCCGCCGUCGGGAACCAAGUGCGUGGCGGAGGAGAUCCGGAACAACGUCGUCGUCAUCGCCGACUACUCCGUCCUCUACGAGCACCACCAGGUCCACCCCACCGUCUCCGUCAAGGUUACAUCCCCUUUUGGGUAUACCUUACACACGAAAGAAAAGGUUUCAGCCGACCAGUUUGCGUUCACCACAGCAGAAGCAGGAAACUUUUUGGCUUGCUUCUCAGCUGACGGUGAUAGCAAGGGUUUAGUUGUGAAACUAAAUCUUGACUGGAAAAUUGGUAUUGCGGCAAAAGACUGGGAUUCUGUUGCUAGAAGGGAGAAGCUUGAGGGAGUUGAACUAGAGUUAGUUAAACUUGAUGCGACUGUCCAAGCAAUCCAUCAAAACCUGAUCUUGCUCAGGAUCAAAGAAUCAGACAUGAGAGAUGUCAAUGAGAAGACGAAUGCUAGGAUCUCAUGGUUGAGCAUGAUGUCGCUCAGUGUUUGCAUUUUAGUUUCAGUUUUGCAGUUGCUGCAUCUAAAACAGUACUUCCGAAAGAAGAAGCUCAUUUGAAAAUAUAUACUCCUCGACAAC